CAACGAACUUUGCACGCGAACGGUUUGAUUUAGCGCUCUCUUUAUUGGUCUUUGGCUCGCCGCUUCCACGUGAAUCUCAAGCAUAAAAAGGAACCCAAAAAUAAGCACGCGCGCGUUUCAUCUACACAUGUAUGCAUGUAUGUGUGUGCGUGCGUGCGUGUGUGCGGCUGCGAUGUCUGUGUGUGCGAGAGUGCGAGUGUGUGUGCGCGUGCAUUUAUUUUAGGCAGCGGCAAAUGUAAAGUGUAAAACCAGCUAAAUAAAUUAAAAAAGAAUAUGAAAUCCAAUCAAAUUCUAUAAAUAUCACAGGCCGCUUGCAUACAAAAAGAAACGAGCCAAAAGUUGACAAAAAUAAAAUAAGAAAUAUAAAUAAAGAGAUUGUAAAGUAAAUCGACAGAAAUGAAAGCGAAACUUAAAUACGACCAGCUGCUGGCAGCGACGCUCUGCACGCUGCUGACGUUGACGCUGACGCUGGCAGCAGCUGAAGCGCAGCCUGCCAGCUCCUAUGGCGCCUCCUUCAUAUCAAAUCCGGCCAUAUAUGCAUAUACCGUGGCCAAUCAGCAACAACAGCAACAACAACAGCUUAUCAAUUUUGACACUGCCAAUGUGAAUGGGAAUUAUCGCGCUGGCAGCGGCGCUGGCGUUGGCGUCGGCGUCGGCGCUUCCAAUCGUAAUUACUACUACACCGAUGUAAAUGCAAAUGGAGAUGGUGCCACGCCCACGCUUACCACGCCCCAAGCACCAGCUCCAGUUCCGGCUGCCUCAGCUGCCACACAGCCAGCUCCGCUCACUGGCUGCACCUUGGACCGCCUUGCCGUCUAUAAGGUCGUAUUGCACACCUAUUGGACCCGAGAACUCUUCCCCAAACAUUAUCCCGAUUGGCGACCCACCGCUCAAUGGACCAAGACCUUAGGUCGCACACACAAUGCCAACUAUGCGCUCUACCAUAUCGGACAGCCUGCCACGGCGGGUGUCAAGCAAUUUGCGGAGACGGGCAAAACGGAGUUGCUGGACAGCAAUGCUGGCGAACAGCAGCAGCAACAGAUGCAGGCAGGACAGAAGCCAGUGUCGACGGGAUUUGCCACUGCCACUGCCGCUGCCACAGCCACCGAGCGGAGCGUAUUUGAUGAGUUCAGCAUGCCGGCAAUUCAACUGGGCGCAGGUCGAAGUGAGGCCAAAGUGUUUGUCGACAGUAAUCACAGUUUGGUAUCGCUAAUGACGCGCAUUGUUCCAUCGCCGGAUUGGUUCAUAGGCGUCGACUCGUUUGAGCUUUGCGUGGGAGGUUCAUGGAUUGAUACGGUCACCGUUGAAUUGGAUCCACUUGAUGCGGGCACCGACAAUGGAUUCACCUUCACCGCACCCAAUUGGCCAACGGCACCGCAGGGCGUCAUCUAUCGCAUCACCUCACGGUAUCCAGGACAUCCGGCGGGCAGUUUCUAUUAUCCGAAGAGCAAGCGUUUGCCUCCAAUUGCCACAUUUCAGUUCAUCAAGCUUAAGGAGUACGAACUGAGCGAGGUAUUCAACAUUGCCGAGGAUGAUCGCAAAUAUGAAAUGGUUCAGACCCAAACACACCUGGAUGCCGAGCACAAUCACGUCGAGAUGAACAACGAGCUGUCCGCAAGCAUUGAGCGAGAGCGACAGAGAGAGCGAGAGGGGGAGAGAGACGAACAGACACCGCAACAGUUGCAGUUGCAACAAUAUGAUGACGAGAGACAACGCAUACGUUCUCAGCUGCUGGCCAAAAUGAAUCCCAUCUACAACAACAGCCAACCACCAGCGAUGGUCAAUGUGGUGCCGAAGAAUGAUAAACACGCGCUGAUGCAGAGCAUCGCCAGCAGCUACAGGCGCACGGAUGUGGGCAAUAACAAUGCCAGCUACCCGGCAAAGGACACUGCCUCCGCCUCCGGCUCUGGCUCCGGUCUUGGCUCGGGCUCAGUUUCAACACGACGUCGCUCGGGGCUGGCGUCGAAAAGGCGUCGCGACUGCCGCGUGAGCCAUUGGUCCGAGUGGACGGCCUGCAGCAAGAGUUGUGGCAUUGGUGAAAUGCAUCGAUAUCGCAAAGUCAUCAAGCACGGCAAACGCGGCGGACGACCGUGUCCGGCGCUCCAGCAAUCCAAAUGGUGCGGCACCGAGCGCAACUGUCACGGGCCGCAGAGCUAUUUUAAUUGGUCCGAUUCCGAUACAUGAACACGCUAUGCAGGACCAAGCGAUAUAUAAAUAUAAUUUUAAUUUAAGGCGUAAGAAUUGCUUCUUCUGGAAAAAUAAAACAGUAGAGAACCCCAGCGGAGAGACCAGGCAGAGAUCCCAGCAGCUACAGAUCGACUUUAAUUUAAUUUUAAAUUUAGAUUACGAUACGAAAUUCAAAUUGAACAAAUUCAUUUUAAAAUGCACGCGAAUGCAGACAGCAAAAUGUUCGAUACUAAAUUAAAUUAAAAGCAAAAACGAGAGCAAAAUAAUUAAUCAUGAAAAUUGCAUAUGAAACCGAAGACUACUGACAAUAUUUAAAACAAAAUGGAUUUAAAGAAAGAAAAAAGAAAAACAGAACUGUUUCGAGUUCCAUAAUCGAAUGGAUUUCACAGAUGCAUACAAAGCACACUUUAUGGAUCAUCUAAAAAUGAAAUAAAAGUACAAAAGUGCCGAGAUUCUUAAUUUUUAAUCAGCUUCAAAAAGUAUGCAAUGUAUGCGUUUGCGGAAUUCACUCAAAUAUGGAACUCGGAAGAGCUUUUAAACACACAUUUGGCUAAUGAAAAGUGAACUUUUUGGUUAUUCCUUUGAGUUGCUUAAGCUAAUUUUAAUGUAUAAAUCAAAUGGAAAUUUCAGAAAUAUAUGUGUCAUAUAUAAUAGAAAGUCAGAAAACCAAAAAGAAAAAAAAACUAUUUAGUAGACGUACAAAUUUAAGAUACAAGCGACUACGAGAGUGGUUUAAUAAAUAGUGAUACUAAUGAAUUUACUUAAUAUAAAAAUUCUAAAAUCUAGAAAAUUUUAAAAUACAUUUUUUUCCAAUUUCUACUUCAUUCAUUUCAUGUUUAGAUGAUUACAAAUGAUUAUUCAUUGACUUGAUCAACUAUUUAUUAAACUGCUCUCGUAUUUAUAAGUAUAUUAACUAAAUCAAACAUAUACAAA